CGCCUCGCUGCUUGCCUGACCCGACCCUCCGCCCCCCUCCCCCCUUCCCUACAGACCAAACUCGAGCGACGUGUCGGCUGUGCAGCGACGGACGUGAUGGAGGACGCGACCCACGCCGAGGCCGAGGACGAGGACCGUUUUGAGGAUGCCUACGACCGCAUUCCCGCCGCGCGUCACAUGGACCUGCAGUCGGCCAUCCAGGAGACUCAGUGCGCCUUGAACUUGGUCCUCAACAACAAGUUCUCCGAAGCCCUGGAGCUCCUGAAGCCAUGGUGGCGCGACAGCAUGUACCACGCCUUGGGUUACAGCAGCAUCUUGGUGCUGCAGGCCGCCAUGACCUUCGAGCACAAGGACAUCCAGAUUGCCAUGACGACCAUCAAGGAGGCCUUGCACACCUGCCAGAGGUUUCGCAAGAAGAACUCGGUGGUGGGAUCGCUGUCCAGUCUGAUCAGCAGGCCGGCCAACCUUCAGGAAGAGGAGAUGCACGCCGAGCUCUGCUACGCCGAGUGCUUGCUCCAGAAAGCCACGCUGACCUUUGUGCAGGACGAGAACAUGAUCAGCUUCAUCAAAGGAGCCAUUAAAAUCAGAAGCAGCUAUCAAAUCUACAAGGACUGUCACAAUGUGCUGAAUGCGGCGCACGACUUGAGCAGCCAGUCGGACUCGCGAAGGCAGUUUGAGGGUGGAGUCCAGCUGGGCGUCGGCUCCUUCAACUUGAUGCUGUCCCUCCUCCCGCAGAGGAUCCUCAGGCUGCUGGAGUUCAUCGGCUUCUCCGGAAACCGGGAGUUCGGCUUGUCGCAGCUGCGAGAGGGAACGUGCGGCUCCAGUUUGCGCUCCAUCUUGUGCACGUUGACGCUGCUGUUCUACCACACCUACGUCUCCCUGGUGCUGGGAAGCGGCGAGGGCAACGUGGUGGAAGCCCAAGCCCUGCUGGAGCCGUACCUUCACAAGUAUCCCAAAGGCGCCAUCAUCCGCUUCUACUCGGCCCGGCUGGCCGCGCUGCGGGGACACUUUGAAGAGGCGUGCUCGGGCUACCAGGAGUGUGUGAGCAGCCAGCAGGAGUGGAAGCAGAUCCACCACCUGUGCUACUGGGAGCUCAUGUGGACGCACUCGUACCAGCAGGAUUGGCCGCAGGCGUACCGCUACGCCGAGCUGCUGUGUCGCGAGAGCCGCUGGUCCAAGGCCAUUUACGUGUACCAGAAGGCCGCCAUCCUCAGUAUGAUGUCGCAGGAGGACGUGAAGAAGACGGGCGAAGACGUGGCGGAGCUCUUCAGGCAGGUGGAAGGGCUCAAGCAGCGGCUGGCCGGCAAGUCCAUCCCCACGGAGAAGUUUGCGGUGCGCAAAGCUCGCCGCUACAAGGCCGGCGCCCCCGUGCCGCUGGUGCUCCCGGCUCUGGAAAUGAUGUACGUUUGGAGCGGCUUCACCAUCGUGGCCAAGCGAGCCGACUGCACCGAGGCGCUGCUGGUGACCAUCGAGGCGGCCGAGGAGCAGCUCGGCCGCGACCCCCAGCCGUCCGAGUUCCACGUGGACGACAGCUGUCUGGUGCAGAUGCUGAAGGGUCUUUGUCUCAAGCACGCGGGACGCCUGAUGCAGGCCGAGCUCUGCUUCACGCACGUCCUGUCCAGUGAAAAUCGCAUCCGCUAUGAUCACUACCUGGUCCCCUUCACGCUGUAUGAGUUGGGCCUCCUCUACCGACAGCGGGGUGACGACGCCAAGGCCGCCGCCUUCAUGGAAAACGCCAAGAGCAACUACAAGGACUACUCCAUGGAGUCCAGACUGCACUUUCGCAUUCAUGCGGCCCUCAGCAGCUUCAAAAGUUCGCCUGCUGCCACCCCGUACUAGCCAGCGCCUCCAGGCCAAGCCUGCUUUUCUGUUUUGUUUUUUUUUCUUCCCCGCCCAUGUUGUUUUGAUGCGAACGCCAGGCUGUGCAAAGGCCCUUUUGGAAUAGCUGUUGUUUCACAUUGUCUUUUGGGGGCGGGGCUGGGGGAGUUCACAUGCUCCAACAAUUUUUGCAAUUCUGGUGAAAAUGUAUUUACUUUGGUGGUCCCGAACAU